AUGUUAUGUCGACAAGAGUUCAUGUUAUUAUUUCUAACCUUUAUAUUAAUUUUACCAUUAUAUGCUGAACGAAAAUCAUCUUUUCGAAAUACAUUUUCAUGUUUUAAAUGUACACAUCAUGAUAAACCACAAGAAAUUAAAGAAGCAGCAUGUAUGAAAAAAUUUGAUUCAAGUAAAUAUACACAUGAAGAAUGUCAAAGUGAAAAUGGACCAGGUAAAUGUCUUAAAUCGUAUGAAAAAACUGAAGCACGUACAAAAAAACAAAUUGAAGAAGAUGAACGAUCUGUAACAAUACGAAAAUGUGUAUCACAAGGUGAACUUGAUUUUUUAAAAAAUGUACGAAAUAUUGAUACAAGUGAUGGAUGUCAUACAAUGCGUUCAACUAAAACAAAACAUAAAACAGCUCGUACUCAUGGUGAAAGUACGAAACAUAGACCAUUACAUGAUAUGAUAUUAGCAAGAAGAAGAGGACAAAAGAAAGUAUUUUUAACAAAUUCACAAAAAUCAGUCUUCGAAUUACACGGAGAAGAUGAAAAUCAGAAGCCGCCACCAUAUACAUAUUACACGACAAUAAGAUAUGAUAGCAAUAAUAUACCUGCAGAGAAAAAUACUCCAAGAAAACCUGUAAAACAACAACCAAGUCCACAACCUUCUAUUCGACAUCAAGAACCGUCUCAACUUAAUCAUAAACCAAUACCCGUGCCACAACCAGUGCCUGUACAAAAACGAACACCUGUACCACAACCAGUGCCUGUAGCAAAACCAACACCUGCAGCAAAACCAAUACCUAUAGCACAACAAACUACACCAGUACCUCAUAAAACUGUUGAAAUAGCACCGAAACAAGUUGUAAAUAAGAAUCCUCCUACUCAACCAGCUGUGCCUGUUACUAAACAACGUGUAGAAGUGGUUUCACAAUCUGUUCAACGACAGACAGUUAAUGCAAAAGUAGCGGAGAUAAAACAAGAACGAAGACCUGUUAAAUUUACUGAUUCAAAUCAACCGCAAGUAGAACAACAACAUGCUGAACCACAAAAUCUAACACAUGUUCCUGUUAAUAAUUCUACUCGAAAAGGAGCUGUAGAAACUCUAGUUAAUUCAGUUGUGAUACAACCAAAUGGUAAUAAACCAAAACAACAAAAAUAA